CGACAAUAAAAUUGGUGAUAAAGGAGCAUAAAAUAUUGGAUUAGGUUUGAGUAACUGCACUCAACUUACAAAUUUAAAAUUUGACAUAAGUUCAAAUUAAAUUGGGGAUGAUGGAGCUUCUACUAUUUGUACAGCACUUGAUAACUGCAAAUUCCUAACUAGUCUUGAGCUUAUAAUUGACGGCAAUAAAAUAGGUUAUAAAGGAGCAUAAAAUAUUGGGUUAGGUUUGAGUAACUACACUCAACUAACAAAUUUAGUUUUUAGAUCAGAGUAAAUUUGA